AAGUUCGCAUUGUGGCUGAACACUUUUUUGUGGCCUACACAAAUACACACAAUUGGACCGUGUACUUGUAAUUACUUGGACUUAUCACACAAAUAUUAAUUUGUUUGUACAAAACGGUCUAAAGUUAAAUCAUCGCUUCUUUUAUUUGUUAAGAUAUGAAAUCGAAAGGUCUGGAGGCUACACUCACAAUAUAGUAAUAAUUAAAAAUACUUAGUAUAGAUCACGUUUAACAGUCGUAUACGCGGGUAGGUGUAAGACGGAAUCGUGCCUAGUGGGCAUAAUAAACUCAAUAAUUAAAACAAAAGCGAAAUAAAAAACGAAGAACAAUGCAGUUUGUUGAAUCAGUGGUGUACCUUGGAAUAUUGUGUAUUCAUUAUCCGUUAAAGAUCACCUUGGCCACAUCUAGGACAGCGAAGGAGCUCGUGGAAAAAGGAAUUAACGUUCACAAGCAGGUGUCCUCAAAUGUCAACACCACCGUUGCCAAACAGUACCAAACACUAAACGAUUACCUAUCAUCAAUAAAAGAAUAUAUUUUGAAUGUACCAAAUACAGUUCGCUCGUUAGUCUACAGUUUCAUACCAUUCGGAUUAGCGAAUGGCAGUUCACAACAGGAACCGAAGAACCAAUACGAGAAAACGUUUUUGAAAUUCCAAGUGGCUGCUUUUGAAAAGGAGCGCGUUGAAUAUCAGAAAGAAAUUCGAAGGCUGCAAGAUGAACUGCAGAGGACGCAGAAUAAGUCUAAUAAUUUUGAUAAAGAAAAGCAAAAGUAUGAAAAACAGAUUAAAACUUUGGAAGAGAAUCUCGCUGCAACGAAUGCAAGGUUUCAGCAGUUGUUCAAAUUCAGUUUCUUAUUAAUAACGAUCGGGAGUUUGUCCUGCUUAUCCAUGUACUCUGUGGCCAGUUUCCAUAAUGUGUAGUCCUAGGAUAAAUACCUAUAUCCAUCCCCUCGGGCAUCCGUACUACCCCAUCCAAGAUUUCCGAGUGGAAUUAGGAAAUUUUUUAUCUUAUCUUAAUUAUCUUUAUCUGAAAUUUAUUUAGUUACGUCAUUAGUAAAAUUAUUUUUAAAAAAUGUAACGUCUUCAGGGGGAACCUUCCACGAAAUAGGUAAAAACAAUAAUGUCUACUUAUAAUCAGUUAGGACAUGUUUGCUAUUUUGAUUAGCAUUUAUAGAUACUUAAAUAAUAAAUAUUUAGUUGAUAAAA